AUGAGCCUCGCUGCGGGCUUCGGCGCUGCCCUAUUCGGCUCCUUUGGCUGGGGCACCUGGCCCGUCCUCAUCAAGCAGCACGAGGCGAGCCUCGGGGACGGCUUCCUCUUUCAGCUGUGGAUGUGCUCUGGCGUGCUGCUGGUCGGCCUCGCCACGCUGGCGGCGGCGCCGCCAGAGGACGGCUACGCCCCGGGCGACGACCACCUCGCCGGCGAGCUGCGGCCCCGACUGCCGCUCCUCUGCAUGCUCACCGGCGUGCUCUGGGCAUGUGGCAAUGCCGCCACAGUCGAGAUGGUGCGCUGCCUCGGCAUCGGGCUCGCGAUGGCGGUGCAGACGGGCACCUCGAUCGCGGUCGCGUACGCCGCCGGCAUAGCCGGCCCGUGCGUCCAGCACGAGUGCCUGCCUCCCUCUCAGCUCGGCCUCGCGUGGAUGGGCUGGACGGGCUGCGGACUGUCCGUCUGCGGCCUGCUCCUCUUUGCGGGCGUGCAGCCUCCGACGGCGAGCGAGCCGGCGUCGCGCCGGCGAAUGGCGUCGGGUCGCUACCUGAGCGUGGGCCCGCUGGCGGAGACGGAGCUGAGUGUGGCGGAGCCGGAGGACUCGCCCCCGCCGAGCCCUUCCGAGGCACCCGUCGACGAGGACUGCCUCCCCGAGCAGAGCCUCAUUGCUGCAUGCCGGCCAAGAUUCGGCCCGUCGGAGCCCCUCACAGCUGUGCCUCCCUCCGAUGCGGACGCGCUUGCCGCACCGCCGCUGCGGCGGGCCGGCCGCAACGGAGCGAAGGGCGGGCCGGCCGCCGGCCCGAGCGAGCCACGUGGCGGGUCUGCGGUCGCAGCGGCGGCUCUGCCCGCGGUUGGGGAGUGGGAGGGCGAGGAGGCGACUGCGCCGCUCCGGGGCAAAGGCGGCUCGCUCGGCGGCGCGUGGGUGCGCGGCAUCGCGCUCGCGCUGUACGCGGGCUGCAUGUACGGCGUCCAGUUCCUGCCGUGCGCGAUCUACGUCAUCCGACACCCCGACACGGACCCGGCCGCCGGCGCGCUCCUCCGCCGGAUGCGCGUCACCCUUGCCCAGUUCCUCGGCUCGUUUUGCGGCGCCGUCGGCAUCUACGCGGCGUACGCGCUUGGAGCGCAGUGGCGCCGCCUCGCGGUUCACGCCGUGCCGUUGGAGGCGAUGCUGCCUUCCAUCGGGGCCGGCGCCUUCCUCGUCUCCAUCCUCUGGUCUCUCUUCGGGUACAACGAGAUCCGCGGCCGCCGCAACUUGUCGCUCUUCUGCGCCGCCGCUCUCUGCAACGUCACCGCCUCCUGCCUCAUCGCCGCGCAACGAUCCCUCGCCUCUGCGCCGCCGCCGCUGCCCUCUCCGCCGCUGACGCCAGUGCAGCUCGGCCCAACGCCGCCGCCGCCGCCACUGCUGCCGCCGCCGCCGCUGCCGCUUCUCUCGGUGUCGGGUCCGCCGCCCUGCACGCCAGCGGACUGCGCGGCGCAUCGACGGCCGCAGGACCUCGACCCGAACAGAACCGCAGCGAAAGAUUGA